CCAUCAGAAGAGCUGUUGGUUUGCUUAUCUUCUUCAUAUUCUCAUCAAGAUAUAUAUUGUCUUGAUAUCUCUUGGGCUAUCCAUUCAAGUCCUCAGCACCUACAGUCAAAACAACCACCAGAAUGACCAGUCGUCGCCCUCAAGGCAAAUCCUACGCGGAGGUUGUCGCGUCUCCUUCGACACAGAAAAAUACCAGUUCGGAUGUGACUCCGGCUGUUCCUUCAGACGUCAUCUUCAAACUGCUCGCCUUUACAGCUGCCAUGGUCAUUGCCCCUAUCGGCAUGUACUUCUUGACCGUCGAGUCUAUCUUCCGUGGGAGUGCGACCUAUGCUGGUAUCACCGCUGCUGUGACAGCUAAUGUCGUUCUAUUUGCCUAUAUCUAUGUUGCAUACCAGGAGGACAAAGGAGAGAGAGAAGCAGAAAACGAAAAGAAAGGCCAGUGAUCUGACCUAUGUAUUGGUAUUCGAUGUGUCAAUGUAUUGUACUCGUUCCCAUGGAUGGCGUUUAUAGGAGCGGCUGCUUGAGAACAAAUUGCAGAAAUAUUGGGAUUGAAUAUGAUCAGAUCCUGC